AUGGACUAUCCAUCGCGUACUCGGCUUCUAGUCUCCAAAAUCUUUUGCAAAAGCAAAAUGGAUAGCGAGGACUUUCGCAAAUGGGGCAAACACAUGGUUGACUUCAUCUGUCAGUAUCUUGAUGAGCUCCCGCAACGACGUGUAAUUCCUGACGUGGAGCCGGGUUAUCUUCCGCCAUUAAUUCCUAAAGAAGCGCCUGAAGAGCCCGAAGAAUGGCCAGCAAUAUUUCAGGACAUUACCAAAUUCAUCUUACCUGGGUCAACUGUCGUCACCUCAGUUAGGAAGCAAAGAAAUUAA